CUCUGCUGUGCGGGAAUGCAGUGACGCCAGACACGGGAGGCGACUGCGGCCAUGGCCGGAGCACCAGAUAAAACGAAACCGUGGUCGGAGGUCGAUGGGCAACACGGCGACAGGUGCACACUGGCGGGUCAUAUACUCUACCUGAGAGUGGCCGGGCUGUGGCCACAUGCGCGGGGAACCCGCUACUUGCUGCACACAGUGAUGGUGCAGCUGUGUGCCGUCGCCUACAUCGCCGUCGGUGUGGCCAGCAUUUACACCGCCAGAGGGGACGUGGAUGGCAUAUCGCACACGCUAAUGCACUUACUCGAGGUCGUCUCUGGCAUGGUCAAGGCGGGGCUCUUCUUCAGCAAGAGGCAGUCCUUUUACCGGCUGGUGCGAGACCUGGAUCUGAUGGUGUCCGAGGACUGGGACCGCCCCGAGCUGGAGUCCGCACGGCGCUGGGCCCGCCGGAUGACUGUGUCGCUGACUGCCUACAUCUACACCCUCAUCCUGCUGUGGCUGCCGGCGCCGCUGCUGGCCGGCGGCGACCAGAAGCUGCUGCCCGUGGUGCAGAUCGAGGGAGUGGACUGGUCGCAGUGGCCCGGCGCGUACGCCGCGCUCUACGCUCUGCAGUGCUCUGUGCUCCUCACGCAGGUGCCCGUCGUCAUCGGACUGGACUGCUUCUUCGUGGCGGCCAUGCUGCACGUGGCAGCCCUGCUGCAGCUGCUGGGGCAGCGCGUGUCCGAACUGCAGGUCAUCAAUGGCAGUGUCGCGGGCCUGGCUGGCGAUGUGGGUCUCAAGAGGCGGCAAGUGCUGUACGCGGAGCUCUGUACCUACAUCGUGAACCAUCAGAAAAUCACGAAGUACCUGCGUGACUUGGAGGCCGCCAUGAGCACCAUGGUGUUGGUGCAGCUCUCCACGAACAUGAUCUGCCUCUGCAUGGGUCUAUAUCAGCAGAUUCAGAUUAAGGACGCCCUUACAGCCCUGCAGUACGCCAUGGUCCUGCCCUUCCACAGCACCCAGAUAUAUUUCUACUGCUGGACGGCGGACAUCAUCACACAACAGGUAGGACUGCGCUAUCUUGCUAGCAAAUUGUGCUCGCUGCCUGUACUGGCUCUGCAAUGUCAUCGCUGUGAAAGCGAUGAGGACACGAGUAGGCUAGUUGUCUACACAUAA